AUGGCGACGUGCCACUGCCCGGAGCCGGCGCAAUGCCACCACAGGCCGCUGCUCCUCCCGACGGCCGCCGGCUACCCUAAGCUGCACGACCGCCCGAGGCCGGCGCCCGGCAGCGUCCUCGCCGAGGUGGCCGCCAUCCUCUGCCUCACGGGGCCAAUGGUCGGCGCGGGGAUCCUGUUCUACAUGCGCUCCCUCGUGUCCAUGGUGUUCCUCGGCCGCCUCGGCCAGCUGCCCCUCGCCGGCGGCUCCCUCGCGCUCGGCUUCGCCAACAUCACCGGGUACUCCGUCCUCUCCGGCCUCGCCGGCGGGAUGGACCCCGUCUGCGGCCAGGCCUUCGGGGCCGGGCGCACGGACCUCCUCCGCGCCGCGCUCCGCCGCACCGUCCUGCUGCUCCUCGCCGCGUCCGUGCCCAUCGGCAUGCUCUGGGUGGCCAUGCACCGGGUCCUCGUCUCCACGGGGCAGGACCCCGACAUCGCCGCCACGGCGUACGCCUACAUCCUCUGCUGCCUCCCGGACCUCGCGGUGCAGUGCUUCCUCCACCCGAUCCGCAUCUACCUGCGCGCGCAGUCCGUCACGCUGCCGCUCACCUACGGCGCCGCCGCCGCGCUGCUCCUCCACGUGCCCAUCAACUUCCUCCUCGUCAACGUCCUCGGCCUCGGCAUCCGCGGCGUCGCGCUCGGCGGGGUCUGGACCAACCUCAACUUCCUGCUGUUCCUCGUGGCGUACGUCUACUUCCGCGGAAUGUACGGCGCCCAUGACGACGGCGGCGGCGGCGCCAAGAAGGGCGCGCCCGAGGCGCCGCCAGCAGAGGAGGAGGGCGCCAAGGAGUGGUGGAGCCUGGUCAGGCUGUGCGUGCACAGCUGCAUGUCCGUCUGCUUGGAGUGGUGGUGGUACGAGAUCAUGGUGCUCCUUUGCGGCGUGCUCAUCGACCCCAAGGCGGCGGUGGCGGCAAUGGGCGUGCUCAUCCAGACCACGUCGCUGAUAUACAUCUUCCCGCAUUCGCUCGGCUGCGCCGUGUCCACGCGCGUCGGGCACGAACUGGGCGCCGGGAGGCCGGAGCGCGCGCGCCUCGUCGCGCGCGUCGGGCUCGGCCUGGGCGCCGCGCUCGGCCUCGUCGCCUGCGCAUUCGCGGUGUCCGUGCGCGGCGUCUGGGCGCGGAUGUUCACGACGGACGAGGCCAUCCUCAGGCUGGCGGCCGCGGCGCUGCCACUUCUCGGCUUGGCCGAGCUGGGCAACUGCCCGCAGACCGCCGGGUGCGGCGUGCUGCGCGGCAGCGCGCGGCCCGAGAAGGCGGCGCGGAUCAACGUCUCGGCGUUCUACGGCGUGGGAAUGCCCGUGGCGCUGGCGCUGGCGUUCUGGCCGGUUGGGCUGGACUUCCGCGGGAUGUGGGGCGGCAUGCUGGCCGCGCAGCUCGUCUGCGCCGCGCUGAUGCUGCGCGCCGUGGUCGGCACCGACUGGACGGAGCAAACGGAGCGCGCCCGCCAGCUCACCGGCGGGCGCGGCGACGGCUUUGACGUCGUCGGCAUUGUCGACGAGGACAAAAGAAGCCAUGCAAAAGCGGCCAAAGCAGAGGUCGGGAACACAUUGUUCAUGGUGGCGGAUUGCGUCUAGCGAACGACGGAAGCAGGACCCGAUUCAUGGAUGAUUGCAUCCUCGAUUCAUUAGCUAUAGGUUUUCUCUUUCUUUAGCUUCUUCUUUUUUGGUAUUUUUACCCGACCUUUUUUUGGGGGAUUUGUAGCAAUCCAAAGCUUCAAACUCCCUCCAUUGUUAGCUUCUCUUUUCCUCUUUGAAACGAGGGAGUGAAGACUGAA